AUGUCUCUGGUAGCAGAAAAUAUCAAGAGCAGAUCAGAGGUGUACCACGGGGACGAAAUCUGCCAAGUGAAGUCCAAAGAGCUUCUAAAGGAAAUCGCCCUCCCAAACGGUCUCUUACCGCUCAAAGACAUCGAGGAGUGCGGCUACGACAGAGAAACCGGCUUCGUCUGGCUCAAACAAAAGAAGAGCUACACUCACAAGUUCGACAAAAUCGGUAAACUUGUGUCGUACGCGCCUGAGGUCACCGCCCAUGUCGAAAAAGGAAAGAUCUCGAAGCUGACAGGUGUGAAGACGAAGGAGCUCUUGCUCUGGAUCACGCUCAGUGACAUCUACGUCGAUGAUCCUCCCACCGGCAAAAUCACCUUCAAAACCCCCGCAGGGUUGUUCAGGUCUUUUCCUGUCUCCGCCUUCGAGAUUGAGGAAGACGCUAAGGAGAGUAAGCGCGUGGCGGACUCCGGCGCGCCGCUGCAAGUCAGAGAGGUCUGA